CGAAAACAGCCCUAGAGCAGAGGGACAAGGGUGACCCAGGCAGGUCCUGCAAAGGGGGGGGUGGGGGUUGGGGGGGGGGGUGGCACCCUCCAUGCAGAACACCCACCGUGCCAGAGGACCCCCCUGCACCCUGGGUGUCCCAGGGACCAACCACGCUGGAGCAGCACCCCACGGGGAAGAGCCCAGCUGGCAGCUGCCUGGCCCUGAUGGCUCCUGUGCAAUGGUGACAGCAGGGAGAGGCAGCCGCCAGUGGCUGCGGACCAGGGGCACGUGCUGACUCUGAGGGAUGGGGAGUCUCCCCAGUCGGGAGAAGCCGAUCAGCAUCCUGCCAGCGAUUGCCAACACCAUGCAGCCCCCGCUGCCCACACAGCCAGCUCCCAGCAGCUUCCUGGCCCUCUGCGACUUCCCGUCUGGCGGAGGGGCACCUGCUGUCCUGAGGAUGGGGGAGCAGCUCCGUGUCCUCUCCGAGGACGGGGAGUGGUGGCUGGUGGCAUCUGAGGUGUCUGGCAAGGAGUGCCAUGUCCCCAGCAGCUGUGUGGCCAAGGUCAGGCACAGGUGGCUGUACGAGGGCGUCAGUCGGCAGAAGGCGGAGGAGCUGCUACUCCAGCCGGGCAACCACAGCGGGUCCUUCCUGAUACGGGAGAGCCAGACUAGGCGAGCAGGCUGCUACUCGCUGUCGGUGCGCCGCAGUGAGCGUGCCUCCUGGGACUCGGUGACACACUACCGCAUCCACCGCCUGGAGAACGGCUGGCUCUACAUCUCGCCCCGGCUCACCUUUCCCAGCCUGCAUGACCUGGUGGACCACUACUCUGAGGUGGGAGAGGGGCUGUGCUGCCCCCUCAGAGAGCCCUGUGCCAUGGAAGGGGUGAGGGUAGCCCCAGUCCCUGCCAUGCCCGCUGUUGUGAAGACACCAUCGCUCAACUGGGACAAGAUUGACAGCUCCCUCCUGUUCUCUGAGGCCACAUCCCCACCGGAGGAGGACUCUCCCAUCAGCCUGGGCCUGCGGGAAGCCAUCAGCUCCUACCUCCUCCUGACAGAGACAGACCCCUCCGAGCAGGACACCAAGGCGAAGGGGGCGAAGAGCAGCUGAGGGCAGGGCCCCACACAGCCAGAGCCCACAGUGGAUACCCAGCCCUCCUUACAGCCUUUCCCUGGUUUCAGCCACGGUCGCUCCUUGACGCCAAGGGAGCCGGGCACCAGGGGGGUGGUGGUCUGGACACAGGACAGGUGGGGUUAGGCAGACACCGAUGCUGCCCGAUGGUCCAUCCUCUCUAAAGCCAGGUGCUUUGGGAUGCGAUGUUUGAGCACCUUGAGCAGCACCCAGCACCCCCGGGAGAAGGCAGAGGCUGUGCACAGGAGCCCUGCCUGCCCCACGGGCUGCAACAGGGUCCUGCCACAUCUGCGCUUCCACAGCACAGGGAAAGGGGAUGCAAAUGCCCAACAAGCCAAAGCCCAGCCCAGGUGGGGGAACAGCCUGAAACCAUAAGGCCCCUCAAGUUCUUGCACAAACAUUUUUUGGGUGAGGUGUCUGUGCGGGACUGGGCCUGUGAGCAGCAGCUGCUCGUGCUAUCACCCACCCGUAACUCACCCCUCUGCUUGGUGGGAGCAGCAGGGCAGCAGCCAGGAAGAAACCAGUCUCUUACUGCACCCGAAGUAGCUGAUUUUCAAGCCUUUUAACACAUGGAUUGUACUGGGUUUAAGGUGCAUAAAAGAGGAUCCUGCUGGACACGCAGCAAUAACCAUUUACAAUAUUUUAAUUAAAAGGCAUCUCGUUCACA